CACACACACACACAGGGGCUCUGUGUAUCUGUGUUCAAAUAGACCAUCAUUGUCUUGUCUCUUCGCACUUUGUUGAAGUUGGGUGUAUAUUUUCCGUCCUGUCAGGCGGUGGCAGGAGGAGGAGGAGAAGGAGCUGGGGUGACAGACAGAGAGGAGAGAGGUGUUGGAGGGAGCCAUGCUGUCUCUGAGCUGUGCCGACCCCUGGCCUGAAGGCUCUGUGGGUCUGGAGGAGGUGGUGACCGCUGCGGCCCAGGUCGAGGAGCGGGACAGCGGCGGCGUCAACGUCAGUGACAACAGCAACAUCAGCAGCUGCUGCAGCUCCGUGAACCUGGACGACAGUCUGACCAGCCUGCAGUGGCUGCAGGAGUUCUCCAUACUCAGUGCCAACGUGCCGCAGCAGGCGCACCACCAGCCGCACCUGUUCGGCCACCGCCAGCUGGGCUCCGAGGCCCCGGCCUCCCCUCUGGCCGGGGACCCCGCCUCCAUCGGCAUGCCCCUGACCCCGGGGAAGCCCACGGCGGCGGCCUACAGCAGGAUGCAGACGCUCCCCGGCAUCGUGGCGCACGGUCACUGCCCGGACGAGGUGGACUACAAGACCAACGCGCACAUCAAGCCUCCUUACUCGUACGCCACCCUCAUCUGCAUGGCCAUGCAGGCCAGCAAGAAGAGCAAGAUCACUCUGUCCUGCAUCUACAAGUGGAUCACUGACAACUUCUGCUACUACCGCCACGCUGAUCCCACCUGGCAGAACUCCAUCCGACACAAUCUGUCGCUCAACAAGUGCUUCAUCAAAGUGCCGCGGCAGAAGGACGAGCCGGGGAAGGGGGGUUUCUGGAAGAUCGACCCGCAAUACGCCGAGCGCCUCCUGAGCGGCGCCUACAAGAAGAGGCGGAUGCCUCCAGUCCAGAUCAACCCGGCCCUGCAGAACAGGCUCAGGAUCAACCUGCAGCCGCCAUCCAGAGGCUCCUGCAGCUCUGGAGGCAGUCAGAGCGGCCUGUGCAUCAACCCGGAGUCCCAGCGGCUCCUCCGGGAGUUUGAAGAGGCCACCGGUGCAGACCAGAACUGGGACCCCCAUCUGGCUGAGGGGACCAUGCUGGGGUCCUGGCCGGCGGUCAGGGGACGAGGUGCACACAAAAGGAAACUGGGCUCCAGAAAUGGUGGCGCCAAAGCCCCCCGGCGCUCCAGCUCCCCGCUGCUCUCCGCGGACGAACAGAAGGAGAUCGGACCUCUCAAGGGGGACUUUGACUGGGACGCCCUGCUGGACUCGGCCCUCAGCGGCGAGCUCAGCUUGGAGGGAGGAGAACCGCUGAGCCCCAUCAUGAAAGAGGAGGAUCUGACAGUGCGAGGGACCCACAUCUCCCUCAUCGAAGCCCCCGCUGGGACGGCAGACAUCCACGUGUUGGUGGAGACCCAGAGGAAUAACGACGUGUCAGACUUUGAUGAAGAGACCUUCCUCGCCACGGCCUUCCUGGAGAGCCCCUGGCCGGAGGAUGAGGAGCAAAGCCGCAAUGACUACCUCUGUAGUUCAACCGUCAACCUGGACCAGCUGUUUGAUCUCGGGGACUCAUUAGGUGGAGACCCCAGCACCCGGAUUGACACCCUCCUCUGAGGAAUAGUCGCUUUCCAGCUUCUCUUUCACACAAAAACUCUUUAGCGACGCUCCUGAGGAAUAACAGACUCUUUUUUUUUUAAGCUCAAGCGACUCUUAUUGUACUUUUUAGAGUUACAUGUUGAUGCUGAUUCAUGUUGGCUUUCCUAAUGGAAGCUACUGAACAAAGAUGCCACAAUGUACAGCAGCAGUAAAUCACGUCAUCACAGGAAAACAAGUCGAAUCACUCGACUUUGACACAAACAAAAUCAAAUUUUCUGAGCGUAAGAUGACACAACACGGUCUCUGUUUACAUCGUGAAAGUGUGUUCAUGUUAUUGUAGAAUAUUGACAGACCAGCAAAGGGGAUCGAACCCAAACGAGAAGGCAACUGAUCCACGGUUCAUUUUAUAGAGGAAGAUUUAAUAACGUGGUGUCAGCAGAGAUGCUUCGUCACAACACAUUUGAGAGUAAAUUGACUGUAAAGCAGCA